AUGUUUGCAGCGCAUGAUCAAGAGAAUCUCGUUCAUGGCCAUCAGGCCGCUGCGGCGUCCAAGCCCCUGAACCAAGGGACCAGACAGCUUGCACCCAAGACUCCGAGCAAAAAAGUCCCAAAGACUCCCUUCAAGCUUCCUUUGAACGAUGAAAAUGGUGGAGCAGGCGGCAAGACUGGACUGAAGACUAAAGGAGGAGAGAGUAAGAAUGCAUUCGCUACACCAGGCCCAAUCAAUCGCGCACCGCUAGGUGCAAAGACUACGAAUGCGAAGGCAAAGGCAUUCCAGACGCCGGUGCCUACGAUCAAAGGAGACUUAGGCAAGACCAAGAAAGCGAGCGUCUCAGCGAAGAAGGCCAAGCCUAAGCCUGUACCUGCCGAAACAACAAAGGUAGAGAAAGUGGACAUUUUGGGAGACAAUGAAGAGGACGAAGUGCCGGAGAUCGAGUACAUGCCACCGCGGGUGAAAGACCUCCCAGACCUCCCAGAUGACCACUUUGAGCGAGACCUUUCCAUGUUCAAGAAAGGCAAUCUUCUCGAAGGGGCUCUGAGCUACUUCGCUACUCGCAAAGGUCCCGAUGGCCUCAGCCACCUCGAUCGUAUCGAAAAGCGUGAGAAGGAGAAAUGGGAAAUCGACGAGCGCAGGAUGCUAGCACGCGAGCAGCGCAACAUGGACAUGCUUACGCUUCCAUGUAUGCACUCUCCUGAGUGCCCUACCGAGCUCUGCAAGGAUACCAUUGCAAUCCACAAAGAGGCGCAAGAAGAAUAUGAGAAGACGAUGGCCAUAAUUGACGCAGAAGCUGCGCCAAAGAAGCCCGCACAAGUGCAACGACCACUUAAACCCUCAUCACCAAGCACACUGAAAUCAAAAGCUGCAGCUCCCGCCCUGUCCCAACCCAAGAUAUCAGCCAAGCCGGUCAGAGACCCGAUCAAGAAAUCUAUUGCGGCACCAAAGCCCCGAUUUGGCCUCUCAGUCAACGCAAAGAAACCUCCACCAAGUCUCAACCCACCUGCAAUCAACACCACCCGCCACGCCGCCGCAGUCAUGAACUCAAAAUCCACAAUCGGCCACACCAAAGGCCGUGUCGUCUCCUCCUCCCUCCCUCACGCCGCCCGUCCGACAUCCGCCUCCGCCCCAACGCCAACUCUCCGGCCCACUCAAAAUAAACAAAAUGGUCUUCCCAAGACUCAAGACCAAAAAUCUUCAGGCUUCGUGCCCUUUGAAGAACGCGAUACAGCGCUUUCAGCAUCGCAAUACUGGAAUCGGUACGGCGAGCCGCCGCAGGGGAGCCAGAUGUGGAUGGAAUGUUUCAAGGAAAAACUGUUCCCGGAGCAGGCAGAGGAGAAGAGAGUGGAGAUGGAGGAGGAGGAGAGAAGGAGGGAGAGUGUGGAGGAAGUGGUGGAACGAGGGAUUAGGGAGGAUGCGCUGGAGGAUUUUGAAUUGUGUUUGGAUUUGGGUGGGGAUUGA